UGUGCUCGAAACGUCAUCAGUAAAAAUUACUGUAUAACACCGUGAAACUUUAUCAAAGACAAAAUGUACCCAUUAUGGAAUUACACUCUACCACAGUGCACAAGUUUUAUUCUUACAUCAAUGAUACUUAUGCUCUUCCUACUAGGAAGCUUAUCAACAAACUCACACGACUUAGUCAAACUGAAGCAAGAUUCACAAAUCAUCGGAUUUUUAACAGUCGAUGUUUAAAAAAUCAUUUAAUUCCCAAAUAUUUACGGCUACGUUCUACAAUUACUUCAAGCAAAAUAACAUCGACAGCGGAACAUGUAAGUAGAUUAUGUCUAAAAGAAGAACUACAUCGAAUUACUGUGAAACUAAAUAAUAUACGAAAUCAAAUUGAAAAACUCAAACACAAACUCAAAUAUGUGGUCAAUGACAAAGAUUAUAUAAUUGUCGUUGAAACAUCCAGAAAAGCUAGAGAAUCAGCAUUCAGGAAUUCAAAAAUCACACAAAUCAAAAAACUUAACAAACUAAAUGAAGAAAAGAACACAACAAAUGAAAUUGAUGUCAACGCUUCAUUCAACAGAACAAAGUGGGUGACCAACCUCUCAUCAAGGGGUAACUAAGCUCUAGUGAGAUAGAAGUACUUGAGAAAGGACUAAAUUGCAACGUAACAGUUAACAAUUAAUGCCAGAGGAUGUCAUUCCUAACAUAGAAGUAGCACUAAGCUCAAUAGAUAAGACAACAGCAGAAGAGGUUCGAGCACAAUGUGAAUUAACCCUGAAAAAUCAAAAGAAAACAAAAUCAAACUUAACAAACUCUGAAAGAGAAGCUUUAAUUAGUCCAAAACAGGAUAAAAAUAGUGUCAUCGCAAAAGCUGACAAAGGAAACGCCACCGUAGUUCUGAAAAAAUCUAACUUAGAAUAUGCAGACGAUAUAGUCCUU